AUGCAGUCGGUGGCGGGCCUGCGAUGCACCGCCCUUCGCCCCUUCAUUGCAUCCUCGAGGCAGCCAGCCCUGCUGCUGGCAUGCGUCUCCCGGGCUUGGGGCCGGGAAAGGGCUGGCCUGCACAGGGCAACCCCCACCAUCGCCGCCCUGAAGCCCAGCUCCGAGUUCCCGGCCGACUACCACAUCGGCCAGACCAGCAGCGUGCCCCUGGCCCCCCUCUGCCCCCUGCUGGCCGGGACGGGCCAGGUCAUGGCGGCCCAGGCCAACUACCUGCGCGUGCGGCUUGAGGAGCUGGAGGAUGCCGCAGGGGAGGUGGCGUGGAGGGCGGGGCAGGCGCCCCAGGACCCCGGCAUGCCACUGCCCGGCCCAGGGGAGGACACGCUGCUCUGCACCGCCAGGGGCCUGCUCAAGAAGAUGCAGACCCGGGUCAUGGUCGGCGACAGGGUCCACCUCUCGGGCAUCGACUGGACCAGCCUGCGAGGGUCUGUGGAUGGCGUGCACCCGCGCUCCUCGGUCCUGCAUGAGCCACGGGUGGCCAACGUCUCGCGCCUGCUCCUGGUCUUCUCCCUGGCGGCCCCGCCCUUUGACCCCGGGCCGGCCACGCGGUACCUGGUGGCCGGCGAGGCGGCGGGCCUGGACCUGUCGGUGGUGCUGAACAAGGCCGACCUGGUGGAGGCUGCGGAGGCGCAGGCGCUGGUGGAUGAGGUCACCUCCUGGGGCUACAACGUCAUCCUGGCCAGCACGGAGACGGGCGUGGGGCUGGCAGAAAUGGCUGACGCCAUGGCGGGGCACACGGCGGUGCUGGCCGGCCCCUCCGGGGGGGGCAAGUCCUCGCUGAUCAACGCUCUGGCCCGGCGUGCGACCUCGGCGGCGGGGGUGGACCCCACGCCCGUGGAGCAGGCGGUGGGGGAGGUGAGCCCGCGCAUCGGGCGCGGGCGGCACACCACGCGCAACGUGACGCUGCUGCCCCUGGGGGCCGGCGCGGUGGUGGACACGCCCGGGUUCAACCAGCCGGGGCUGGAGGGCGUCCCCCCCGACCGCCUGGCCUCCUUCUUCCCCGAGAUCCGGGCGCGCGGCGAGCGGGCCUGCGCCUUUGCCAACUGCCGCCACCUGGGUGAGCCGGGAUGCCGCGUGGCGCAGCCGCCCUGGGCGCGGUACCAGCACUACGUGGCGCUGCUGGAGGAGCGCGUGGCGGCAGAGCGGGAGGAGGCGGCGCGAGCCGUGGGGAAGAAGGCGCGGCAGGGCACGACGCGGGUGAAGGCUCGGGCAGGGGGCCGGCGUGUGCUGGAGGCCAAGCUGGAGAGCAAGACGCACCGCCGCACCUCACGCCGCUCGCGGCACCAGCAGCUCGCGGAGCUCGCCGAGGAGGGCAUGGAGGAGGUCUGA